CCAAGGUGACAGAGCAGGUCUGGAAGCCUGGAGGCAGGUUCAUAUGGAAUAGACUUAGUAUUCUUUUCGAUGUUCUGCUAAUGAUCCUGUCAAAAAUCUUGAAGUCAAAUGGUCCAGCCAAGGCUUAGCAAUGAGAAUUUCAUGCCAUUUGUUGGGUUCCCAUUAGUUCACCAGAUUUUUAUACUUAAGCUAGACAAACAUUUAUUGAAUACUUCCUAUGUACAAGGUGUGAUACCAAGAUGAAGUUACUACUCUCAAGGAGCUUACAAGCUUACUGGGGUGGUAGGACAUAUACACGUAUUUUAACAGAAAUAUAAAGUAUCUUAAGUACUAUGAGUAGUAUAAGUAAUGUAGAAGUUGAGGUAAUAUUCUCUAUAGUGCAGCUGGGAAUAUGUCCUUGAAGGUGUAACAUUGGAAUUGAAGGAAUAAUAACACAUAGAAAACUGGAAAAGAGUUAGGGACAUAUUCCAGAAAGAACAAAAAGUAAUAUUGCAGCAUAUUAGGGGAUAUAAAUGGAUGGCCUUGGCUGGAGGAAAGAGUGUUUAUUGGGGGAAAAGAAGAUAAAGCUAGAAGCAGGUAGACACCAGAUUUGUGAAUUACUGAAUUAGGUAUACCCAUGAAUGUUAGGUUAAAGCUUUUAAUUUUAUUCCUUAGUGAUAGGAAACCCUUGAAGGUUGUUUUAGGAAGAUUAAUCUGGCAUUGUUUGAAAAGGAGUUAGGAGAACAUUGAAGUUGUCCAGAUUUGAAGAUGAAGGCCUGGAAUAGAGUUGUGGUUGUUUUCAGAAAAAAGAAAGAUGGAAAGUGGUGCAGUUCUGCUACAGUCCAAGUCAUCACCAAUUAAUCUUUUGAAUGAAAUGCAUCAAUUACGCCUUCUUGGUCACUUGUGUGAUGUGACUGUUAGUGUAGAGUAUCAAGGUGUUCGAGAAGAAUUUAUGGCUCAUAAAGCUGUACUGGCAGCCACAAGCAAAUUUUUUAAGGAGAUGUUCCUUAAUGAGACAGCCAUGGAUGGAACAAAGACAAAUGUAUAUUUAAAUGAAGUACAGGUUGUUGACUUUGCUUCUUUUCUUGAAUUUGUCUAUACUGCAAAGGUUCAAGUAGAAGAAGACCGUGUGCAGAGAAUGUUGGAAAUGGCUGAAAAACUGAAGUGUUUAGACUUAUCUGAAACUUGUUUUCAGUUAAAGAAACAGAUGUUAGAAUCAGUACUUUUAGAGCUCCAGAACUUUUCAGAGUCUCAGGAGCCAGGAGAGAAUAAUACUUUUCAAACAAAUGAUGUUGUACUUGAUUCAGUGGCAAGCAUAAUAGUAGAAGUUCCUAAUGAUGAUAGCCUUUCUGAUUCUUCAGAUUACCCUGCAGAAAGAAAUAGCAAUGGUUUAAUACCACAGACAACACAAAGAAAGUCAAAGGACAAAGUAGAUAAGAAAAAUGAAGUUAUGAAACCCCCCUAUCCUAAAAUUAGAAGAGCCAGUGGAAGAUUAGCUGGUAGGAAGGUAUUUGUAGAAAUCCCUAAGAAGAAGUACACAAGGAGACUAAGAGAACAGCAAAAAAAUGCUGAUGAUAGUGUAGAGAACAAGUCACCAGAAGACCAAAGUAUACUUGAUGUGGAGAUGGUGAUAGAGCCAGUGACAAAAAAUGUGGAACCAAAGAAUGAGGAAUGUGAUGCCAGCUUUGAGUUGGAGGAAGCUUUGAAAAAAGCCGAGGAAAAGGAUAAUAAGAAAAAGGGCAACUUUAAGUGUAUCACAUGUGAAAAGGAGUUUCUCUAUGAGAAGAGUUUCCUGAAACAUAUCAAACAUAACCAUGGUAUUGCUGCUGAAAUCACAUAUCAUUGUGAUACAUGCAGCCAGACAUUUGCAAACAAGUGUAAUUUGAAAAGCCAUCAACGCCAUGUUCAUAGCAGUGAGCGCCAUUUCCCCUGUGAACUCUGUGGAAAGAAAUUCAAGAGGAAGAAAGAUGUUAAAAGGCAUAUUCUUCAAGUUCAUGAAGGUGGAGGGGAACGCCAUCAGUGUCAGCAGUGUGGCAAGGGCUUGAGCUCCAAAACAGCUCUUAGGCUUCAUGAACGAACUCAUACAGGGGACAAACCAUAUGGAUGCACUGAAUGUGAAGCUAAGUUUUCUCAGCAUUCUGCACUGAAAACACACAUGAGAAUUCAUACGGGUGAAAAACCUUUUGUCUGUGAUGAAUGUGGUGCAAGAUUCACUCAAAACCACAUGCUGAUAUAUCAUAAAAGGUGUCAUACAGGGGAGAGACCUUUUAUGUGUGAAACAUGCGGCAAAAGUUUUGCUUCUAAGGAAUAUUUGAAGCAUCACAAUCGGAUCCACACAGGAUCUAAACCCUUUAAAUGUGAAGUUUGCUUCAGGACAUUUGCACAAAGGAAUUCACUUUAUCAGCAUAUCAAAGUCCAUACAGGUGAGCGUCCAUAUUGUUGUGAUCAAUGUGGAAAACAGUUCACACAGCUUAAUGCCUUGCAGCGUCAUCAUCGAAUCCACACAGGAGAGAAGCCAUUCAUGUGCAAUGCAUGUGGUCGAACAUUCACAGACAAGUCCACUCUGCGGCGGCACACUUCAAUCCAUGAUAAGAAUACACCAUGGAAAUCUUUUCUUGUUAUUGUAGAAGGUUCACCCAAGAAUGAAGACAGCCAUAAAACUGAGCAAAUGGAUGAGGAUUAUCCAUCACCUAAAAUAUCAGAAAAGCUACUCUCAUUUGCAGAAAAUGGCCACUUUCAAAACUUGACUGCUGUCCAAGGAGCUCUGACUGCUUUACAUGAAAACAGUCCUACUACAGACCUGGACUGCAAAUCAGAUGAUCCUGCAGUCCCCCAGGAAACCCUCAUAGCUACCACAUUAAGUGAUCUUACAGUACUUCAUAUACAGACAGACUCAGUUCAGCCAUCACUCCAUGCUUUGUCAAACAUAGAAUAAUUGCUUCAAGGUGUUUGCUGAGAAAAUCCAACAUAGGAGAAACUUCUUUGAAUACACAUUGCCUGUGCUCAGAAUCAUGCCAAUAGCAUAGACAUAGAAUUUCCAGUGGGCACACAAACAAAAAUGGGCUUUUAUGAAUGACAUACUCAGAUUUUCCUGAAAUCACUGGUACUUGUACAUCUUUAUCAAAACAUUUUUAAAUUCUCACUUUUCAGACCCUGAUCUGCAUGAUCUCAACUAUACUUUCCUCAACAGUUAAGAUUCUACUUCGAGUAGAUGUUAUAUUUAUUCCAAGGCUUGAUUAUUCUUAUUUUUAACAAAGUUCCAGAUAGCCUCUUUUGAACAUAGUUUUUACCCAUUUAGUUUCAUUCCAGUUUCUUAAUUUCCUAUGAGUAGGUCCUUUGCAACCUUUUCAUUGUCUCAAUCCACCCUGACUUUCUGUAUGAAUGUAUUUAUAUGAUAAUCUUAGGAUAUUUUUUCCAAUUGAGUUAAUUCUGAAAUAAUGUUGGGACCAUAUUUUUCCAAGUGUCUUCUCUGAUAAAUCAAGCCAAGUAAUUGGAGUUUUGUGAUCAUUGAAAUGCAACCCCUUUUAAUGGGGAAGGAGUGUAUUGUUGAGCUCAGUUUUUAAUAUCAUUUAGGCACAAAAAAGGAUAACCAAUUAAGAAUUUUUAAUCUUAAACCCAGUAAUAAUCUCUUCACUGACUAUACAGAUAAGACUACAAAAUAUCUCUGUUAUUUCUGAAAUUCCAUGUUAUCAUUGUUACCAAAGAAUCCAGCAGUAAUGUGCAGCAUUUUGUCACAAGGUUGCUGAAAAUUUAUGCAAGAGCUUGAGAAUGUGCUGAGGACUGCAUUAGCUUUAGUCCUCUGGGGCAUCAUGUAGUGAUUGUGGGAAUAUCUAGAAUUCAUUGUGGUGGCUUGACCUGAGGUAGAUUUUCUUGACUAAUAAUUUCCUGCUACUUUUUGAUAGAGGCAUAAUUCUCCUAACUUUCUUAUUUAAGAUUGGAAUUUUUUUGACAAGCAUAUAACAUUAUAGAAUUCCAAACAUGUUUACUUGAUAUAGUCCAAAUGGCCACGACUCAAAUGUGUAAUACAAGGUUGUAUUUUAACAAUAAGAUUAUACAGGUAUUAAAAAAAAUAAUGGUGUAAUCAUCUCAUUGCAUUUCAAGAUUAGCAUAUUUUUCUCUGCAAUUUUUCCUUGAGAAACUUCUUUUGUUGCACUUGCAGCUGGUGCACUUUUAAAUAACAAAACAAAACAGACUUUGACAAGUUUGAGCUCUACAUUGCUAACACAUAUGUUCCAGUUUUUGAACUUGCUUUAUUUUGGUGAAGUACUUUGGUUCAAAUGUGGUCCUUGGCGUAAAUCCAUAUGUUCACAUCAAGAAAGAAUCUUAACCAUAAAACGUUUUGGCCCAUCACUUGUGUUUCCUUUAAGCUUUAUUUUGCUAAAUAUUCUGUGAAGAGAAAUUGUGUGGGGUAGUUGUAUUUUCUUUUGUUUUCAUGAAACCACUGGAAAGUGCUUUAAUCAUGUAAAUUUCUCUGGAGAAAGUCUGUUUUACUCUUUUUGCAGUAAUUUGACUUUCAUAUACUAGUGUCACAUGUUUAACCUAUUUUUAGUAAAAUAUUCACAGUGACGAGUUUCACCACAACUACAAUUUUAAAAACUCGAUCUAUAUAAAAAAUAAAAUUGCAGGCUGUGUUUUCCCCUCUUUGAAGUCACAACUGUUUUUUUUUUUUUUAAUUAAUUUCUUGGAGAGGGAAAAUCUAUACUAACUUGUUUGUUUUUUUUUAAAUACCAGUCAGAAGGAAUUUGGAUACUAGAUUUUUAUUUACUGAUAGUUUAGUGGUCUUCAAUUUUUGUAACUUUUCAAGGAACAAUAAAGUUUUACCUUCAAUCUUUUGAUGAAUGGAUGUUUAGUUUCGUUGUGCUGUAUCUAUUAAGUUCUUUAUAUUCAGGACUUAAUGAUAUAUCUAAACUCAGGUGAAACCUGAAUAGUAGUUGUGACUAAAGCACACUCAACUAUGUUUAAUUGUGUGAAAAGCUUUUAAAAUCAAGGGCCUGUUAAGCUAUUUUAUGGUAUACUAUUGAAAUUAAAAUACUUAAAAAUAUGUUAAAAAUGUUAAAUUAGUGGUUUUUUAAAUAACUUGGGCUCCUCUUUAAUUGUAAAUCUUUUAUCCUAUUUCAAUACUGAUAAUCAUGGUACUGAAGGGAUAAGGGUGGAGAAGUCUUUGGAAUUCAUGUAGAAAUAAUUUGUGCAUCUUAAUUCUGUUAUGUAAAAAUUGAAAUAUGCCAUAGUAUCAUAAAUCCAAUAUUAAAGUUAGAACAUUUUGCCCUGAUAGAUCUAAAUAUUGAGUCUUUAAGAAAUAUUUCAUAUUAUAUCCAUAAAUAUGGAGAAAGUCAAAUUUUUAGAAUGACACCUGAACUCCAUUAGUGACAAUAUUGUUAACUGAAGAAGUUUGUAGCAAUCAUAGAUCUGCUAAUAUUUGACAAAUUCUAAUUAAUAACAAGGACUUUCUUCUGUGGGGAUAUAGUUAAGAGAAUUAAAAAAUAUAGUGUCCCAUGGGCACCUCAAACUUAGCAUUUCUAAACCAGAUGUCAUCACUUUUCUCCUGCCUACAGUUUAUCUCUUGGGGUCCCACCUACCAUCUUCCAUGUGCCCAACUUCAAAACUUCAUUAGAUGUCAUGACUGAGAAAUAAAACAAUUGUCAAUUCCUUCAACUUUCACAUCUCUUGAAUUUGAACCCUUCUCCCCCUUUACACUACUAGUCAUCUGGACUACCAUAAUAAAUAAUUUUGUUUCUCCAUUCCAUCCUUUCUACUUCUAGUCUUUCUCUUCAUGAAUCCAUCCCAGUAGAGUAGCUUGAAUCUUCCAACCAAGACCAUGGAUUUUAGUAAGGGAAGAGCCUUUGAGAGAAAACAUGCCCUUUGUUAUUUAAGGCCCUCCAAAAUCUGCCUUCAAGCUGACAUUUUGGUCUUAUUCUACAUUACCUCUCAACAUGUUCUUUUCAAACUAGACGAUGCAUUCUCAAGCUAGACUCACAUUUGCCUUUUGGAAAGGUAUCACCAGGAACUAACACUUGUCUGUUCAGUCUGCUCCCUACUGCCAGUUGUGUUCUGGUCUUAUUCAGAGGCCUUGAAACAAUUUGGAUCUCUUCCUAACUUGGAUUAUGCUUAUUCAUGUAUAUGCUUUGCAUUUCCAUUUGCUCCUAUUUCUACAGAAGGGAAGCUCUAGAUUUUAUAUUUCUAAUAAGUGUUUACUAAUUUGUCCUACACCUCAAUUUGAAAUGCUUCCAAAAUAGCUACCUUUGGCAAUUUAAAAGCUUUAGAUUCUCAAAUUUAAGGGAAAGAGCUUAAGGAUUAAUUUCUCUUUGGGACUUUUUAGAGAAGAGUCCCAGGUAACAGUCCUGGGCACAUUAACUUUAGAAAGUCCUUUGAGAUAGUGUGAAACAACUAUCACUGAAGAAACGAGGAUGUUUAGUCCAGAGAUAGGCAACAUAGGAACAGUAAGGGCAUUAUAGUUUAUAUUCAGAUAUUUGAGAGGGCUGUUAUUGAAGGAUUAGACUUCUAUCCAAAAGGAAUCCUGGGCCUCCUGAAGAGAGAGGCAGUAAGUGCCUCUUCACUAGUUCUCAGAGUAAAGGUUGGAUAAAGCCUUGUUGGGCAUGUUGCCUGUUCAGACAUGGGUUAGAUUGACCAAUGGCCACGGGUUCUUUCCAGCUAAGAUAAUGAAGCAAUGCAAGAGCUCUUUCAGGUCACUGGAGUUCCAAACAAUAUCUAUAUCAAACUCCCAUGGGAAAAGGGGGGAGAAGGGAACACAAGGUCUGCUAUUGUGUGCCAGGUACAAUGCUGAAUGCUUCACAAACAUCUCGUUUGAUCUUCACAACUGCCCAGAGAAGUAGGUUCCCUUAUUUUAAUUGAAAGUGAGGCAGGCAGAGGAUAAGUGACUUGCUCAGGGUUACCCAGCUAGUAUGUAUUUGAGGCCACAUUUGAACUCGGGUCUUCCUGGUUCCCAAUACUUUAUCAGUUGUGCCAUUUAACUGCCAUUGAAUGACUAAAAGGAUUUUGUUAAUAUAUUCAUUUUGUAUUACUAGAUUUUGGUUGAAUUUACACUAGAAUAACCAGGCAUUAUCAAUUGAUGCAAAUUUUUUUGACACUUGAAUACAACUUAAGUUAUUCCUACUUUAUACUUCAACUUUCCUAUAUUUGUUAUCAACAUUUCUUGACAUUCUAAAGGCUUCAAAUAAAAUAUGUGCUUCUGCCUAUGAGGACCAGAUGCAUCAAGUUGUGCCUAUGCUCAUGUGCUUCAUAUUUUUGUUGUAAAUAAGAACUGAUCCUACAUUUAUUUUUAUUGGGCCAUAGCAUUGCCUAUAUUACAUUUUCCCCAUUUGAAGCAUCAGAAGAAUUAUUCAAAUGUUUAUAGAACUUUGUGAAAAAUUAUUUACAGAGUAAAAUAAAAUUUUACCUUUGCAUGUA